AUGGCGGAGAGCGCAGGUCCCAGUGGGACAUCUCUGAACGACAUACCCACAGUGGGCGUUUUGUGCAUCGAUAUCGCCACCCCAUUGCAGCGGCACUUUGGUAGGAAGUUCUACAGCUACAUAGCCGCCUCCUAUGUCAAGUUUCUUGAGGCAUCCGGUGCCCAUGUCGUGCCCAUUUGGAUCGGUAGGGAACGAUCAUAUUAUGAAUCGAUGAUGGGUCAGAUUAAUGGCAUCCUUUUGCCAGGCGGAGCGGUCUUUAUCGACGAGGCAGAUAGGCAAGCCCAUCCGGAUCUGACCAGCGAUUGUGUCCGGAGUGCCGAGCACAUUUACCAACUGGCCAUGGAGCGGAAUCAGCGGGUGAGGAAGCAGGAUGAUGUCGGAGGAUACUUCCCAGUUUGGGGAACUUGUCUGGGAUUCCAGCUGCUCCUUAUCCAUGCCGCCGAAGAGCCCAAGAUUCGCACCGAUUGCCAGCCCAUGAGGGAAGCGAUGACAGUAAAACUAACCGAGGAUUACCGGAACUCACAGUUCUUUGAGGGAUUAGCGGAUUCUGUGGCUGAGGAGAUGGAAAAGCAUCCCUUUGCCUGUCACCAACAUCGCUAUUGUAUCACGAAAGAGAGUUUGGAGUCCUGUGGACUAGCCAACGAUUGGCAUCCUCUGGCCACCCAGAAGGAUCCUUCAGGACUGGAAUUCAUCACGAUUGUCGAGCACCGUCGUUUUCCCAUCUUUGGAUGCCAGUUUCAUCCCGAACGCGCUGCUUUCGAGCAGCUCUUUGCCUCAAAGGAUCUUUGUUACUUGGCUCAUUCCCAUUUUGGCAUCAAGCUGUCGCAAAUCUUCGGCAGUCGAUUUAUUGAUAUCUGUCGUAGAAACACAAAUCGAUUUAAUAGUCCAAAUUUAAAAGUGCGUCACCUCAUCUGGAACUGGCAGCCAGUUUUCUCCGGUCAAUUUGAGGACUCCAACUGGCUGCAGUGCUAUCUUUUUGAGAAGGAUGAGGACUAUUCGAAGGACAAUAACGAUUCUGCGGAAUUUAACUCGACUGGUGCUUUGUGA